CGCAUGAUAAUGACGUCGAAAUACGCGUUGUCGCAAAGUUUAACACACGAGGGUUAGAGAGUGAAUAUCUCGAGCUUAUUCAGCCGUCAUGGGAAAACAGAAGAAACAGAAAAAAUAUGCUACCAUGAAAAGAAUGAUCAGUUUGAAGGAUCAGAGGAUAAAAAAACAGGACAGAGCAAAAACACAAAAGAAGAAGAAAGAAGAUCCAUCAGCCAUUAAAGAACAGGAAGUUGCAAAGUAUCCAUCUUGUCUGUUCUUUCAAUACAACACCCAGCUUGGACCUCCAUAUUACAUCCUUGUUGAUACCAACUUUAUCAACUUUUCUAUUAAGGCCAAAUUAGAUGUUGUCCAGUCAAUGAUGGACUGUCUUUAUGCUAAAUGUGUUCCUUGCAUAACAGACUGUGUGAUGGCUGAGCUUGAGAAAUUAGGAAUGAAGUUUCGAGUGGCUUUGCGGAUUGCCAAAGAUCCUCGCUUUGAACGCUUGCCUUGCUCACACAAAGGAACGUAUGCUGAUGACUGCUUGGUACAAAGAGUAACACAGCACAAGUGUUACAUUGUGGCGACUGUUGACAGGGACCUAAAAAGGAGGAUUCGGAAGAUUCCAGGAGUCCCAAUCAUGUACAUCUCCAAUCACAGGUAUAACAUUGAGAGAAUGCCCGAUGAUUAUGGCGCACCACGGUUGUAGUACACAGAAGAGUUUUUUUUAUUUAUUUUUUUUUAUCUUGCUUUGUUUUUUUUGUUUUUUUUUUUGGGCGGGGGUGCUAUAUCCCUACCUUGUAUUCAGUACUCCACUAUAGUCUUUGGCAGCCCAUAUGCCUAGUGCACAGAAUAUUGGUGGAAACUAAAAUCUGUGGGAAAAGUGGAAAAAGUAGCAAGAAAGUGAUCUGCAACAAAUAAAAGUGAUUAACCCACAAUUUCA